AUGAAACACCGCUAUGCAUCUUCCAGUAAAACGCAGGAGACCGCUGGUGGGGCAUCAGCAAAAAAUGUGCUUAAGUCACAAAAUCAACAAAGGCCUUAUAGCAUAAAAAAGAGAGCAGAUGUAGAUGGAGGAAAACAAGGUCAAAAAAGAAAGGUCACUCAGACAGUCAAAAGAAAAGCUAUAGAACAUGAGGACUCAUCCCCUGCUGUGUUAACAGGAGAAAAGGGUUCUUCAAAAAAGGUGAAGAUAACCAAUGCAAAAAUAGGAUCUUGGCAGACUUUCUCUGAGAGCAGUAGGCAGGUUUUGGCAACUGUAAUGGAUGCAGCAAUACUGUCUGUUUUGUGUAAACAAAGCAAAAGAAAAGGUGAUGUUCAGAAGCACCUCAAUUUACUUAAAGAAAGGGUGCUGAGAUUUUUCAGGACUGUAAAGGUGCCUCCUGGGAAGCUGGGCCACCUGAAGAAUGUCCCAAGCUCUCAGAUGUCAGGGAAACAAAUGCUUGAGACAAAUGAAGAGACUUUGGCAAAACUGCAGGAAGAAAUAAAUGAAGCUAAGCAAUCAGCAGAACGCAUUGAAGAAACUACACAGCAACUGCAGUACAAAAUCCAAGUGCUCCAGAACCAGUUGGAAGACGAUGAAAAAAAGGCCAGAGAGGUAUUGGAGGAAAAUGGCAGUGGAGCUCUCCACCUUCCGGAACUCCCCAAGCGCAGUUUACAGGCACCCGUUUUGCAGAAAGAAAUUUUGAAGAUAAAAGAUCAGAAAGGUCUCUUAAAGGAUAUGAACACUAUUCAGCAGUCAGCUGACCUGAAGAGAAUGUUAAACCUCAUUGAGAAGACCUACGAGAAAGUGGACUUCCUUUGA